UGGAGUAUUCUGGCGCGCAACGCAAGGAUUCUUUUUUUUUUCAGUCUCUUGUGGUGCUUGCCAAACAUUUUACUCAUUGCACUUUACUUUAUCUAUACCCAUUUAUCGCAUAAGUGCGGUCACGGAAAGUUUCGAGAUAAUCUCUUUCAACUCACAAAAGGUGUUACAUCGCUAAAAGGGAAUUUUAUUCAGAUCAGCUCACUCAUCGUCAAAGUGCAGAGAUUGUGUCACGAUGAUGGAAAUAUUUAUCAUUGACGUGUGAUAAUUAGUGAUUUGUGUCUUCUGGGCAUAUACACAAAGCGCUGGUGCUUCGUGCUAAUUUGUUCCACAAUGCAUGAAGAAGAGUAAAGUGUUGGGGGUACCAAGAACAAAGAGAAUGGUGUGAAGUGAACAGGAGAAAAAAAAUUGAUUUUAAUUAUUGUGGAAUAAUUGAAAUUUAUUUGUGUGAAUAAUGAGCAGUCAGCGAACUCCACCGCAUAGUCCGAAGGCGCCAAAAAUUCAGCAACAAUCCUGGGAUGAUUGUAACACCCCACCCAUUGAUAUUUUUGAUCCGAAUCACUCAUCACCCCCACAAUCGCCUUCUAUUACCUUUGAACCACCGCCAAAGAGUCCAAAAUCGCCAAGAAAACUACCCACAAGUCCGAUAAAAGGACCCAAAUUCGAUUACCCUGAAGCAAAAAGUCCAACAAGUAGCAUCCAUCGGUCACAGUACAGUUCACCUCAUUGCUCUGGCUAUAACUACGAUGUACCACCAUCGCCACGAGGACCCUCGAAAUCCCGCAAAUUUAUCUACGAUGCUGUUAGCCCCAAGUACGAGGGCAAAGGCAGAAAAUUUGAUUUUCCUGCCGAACCCUUAUCACACGAGGAAGCCAAUUUCAAUUGCUUCGACGGCGGCAGCAUGAGUAGUGGGUGUGGGGCACAACCCCCAUCACCAGCGGCGCACUAUCGCCGUCACAAUGGGACCAGAAGCAAGAACUACCCCAUGAGGGUGUUUGAUGUACGCGGUGGCGGGGAAAAUGGGAUGGAUUUCAAAUACGACGCCAAACGCCAUUCCGUCGUGACGGAGUCCACCCUUUCGGGGGAAUCGGAACUGAGUACAGCCACAACGGCGAUGUGUAGUAGCACAGAUUGUGGGCGUGGGGGUAGUUUAACAAAGAGUGAAAGUAGUGCCCUGACCGAUGAGACAGGUGCCAGUAAGAUGGGUACAUCGGAUGCAGCAACAUCCAGGCACAACUCAACGGAGGAACAGCAGGUGGUACAACAACCAGACUCCCAUCAUGCACGCAGAGGUAACUCCAAGAGGCGCUAUGCCAUCAACAUUACCCCCAAUCCAGGAUAUCAGGCCAUUCAUAAGUCACAUUUUAUGCUGGAUCGCACAUGCUCCGAUAGUGUUGUGUCACAGCGCUGUCGGAAGUCCACAAGUGAUCUCACUGAUUCCUUGGAAGCGGAAACAUCCGUGAGUUCCAUCCCGAGACGUCGAGGAAGUUCAAAAGGUGGUUUAGCAUACUUGGCAAGUAGACGUAGCUCCAGGGAGUCCAUGAAGAGUGCCGUGUCCAAUUCAUCCAUCUUUUCCAAUGAGGACAUUGGACCAUUGGCAUUUCAAGCUACAAGUCGCGGGCGACAACGUAGAACAUCUAAUUUUCUUGAACUUCCUGUUCCGGAUCACAUCCGGCCAAGGGUGUGCUCACUGCCGGAAAGGCCGUACAAUCCACGCCAGAGUGACGACCUCUAUCGUCUCCGCACGUUCUCCAUCAGCAAAGGUACCGUCGUCAAUUGCGGAGACUCCAUUAUCUCGAGACGUUCCCGCAGUAAUACCAGUGUCAAUUCCACGACGAGCAGAGCCAGUGAGAGGUCACCAUUUGAUGGGUCAUGCUGUGGCGGAGGAUACUCUGUCGUUGACUCACUGCCACCAUCACCAACGGAUAGUGAACCCCCACCGCCACCCAGGUACCGCGUUGUUAUGCUGGGGGAUGCAGGUGUCGGGAAGACAGCUCUUGUGUCGCAAUUUAUGACAUCUGAGUACAUGCACACAUACGAUGCGAGCUUGGAUGACGAAUUUGGUGAGAAAACCGUGAGUGUACUUCUAGAUGGUGAAGAAUCGGAAAUGGUCUUCAUUGAUCAUCCCACAUCAGAAAUGAGCGUUGAAAACUCCUUGUCCACCUAUGAACCCCAUGGAUGUGUUGUUAUCUACUCAGUGGUUACACGGAGUUCUUUUCGAUGUGCCGAGGAGAUUAUCAAUUACUUGUGGCGUGAAAAUGUCAUUAGAGAUAAGGCAGUGAUUCUCGUUGGGAAUAAGGCGGAUUUAGCACGUUCUCGCGUUAUAACCACACAAGAGGGGAAAGCUCUUGCUGGCUCCAGGGAUGCAAAAUUCAUUGAAACUUCCAGUGGGAUUCAGCACAAUGUUGAUGAACUUCUCGUUGGAAUUCUCAAGCAGAUUCGCCUCAAGGAGACGCGCGACAAGAAGGCAGCAAUAUGUGCCACAAAGAUGCGCAAUUCUCGCACACACAUGUCCCUCCACCUGGCCAAGGAGAUCCUCCAGAAAAUCUGCCUAAGUGAUAUUAGCAAAUCCAAGAGCUGUGAAAAUCUCCAUGUGUUAUAAGAAGGAGUAUAGAUUCGGAGGUUUGCCCGCAUGAGGAAGCCUGACAAUCAUCUGGUUGGUUUCUAAGGUAUCUAUAUAGACAACAGAAAGGACAGCAAAGCAGUAUUAGGAAGAAGAAUGUCGAAUUCAAUUAGUCACAAAACAAUAGACAAGAAUCAUUGAUCAAUUGAAACGUGGGAAGACAAGUCUGAUUGACUUGAAUACCAAAGUCAAUUCUUCUUUUGCAAAUCUUUAAGUAUUUUAUUUUCGUGAUUGAUUUUUUUUUCUAAUUCUCUUUUCAUUGAAUUUUGAGGGUGUUUGAACAGUUAAAAAAAUAAAUUUGCUUUAUGUGACUAAUUUUGCCUCCAUAAAAGGCAAAAUUCUCAAUAAAUUUGCGUUAAUUUUGCUCUUUUCAUGAGCUACAUAAUUUGAUUGCUCAUAAACAAUUUGAUUUUUUCUUUGUUCAUGAAUAAAGAGGAUUCAAUCAUAAAGCAAAUAAUUUGAUUAGUUUUCGGUCAUUCAGUGUAUUUGACAGAAAAUUAAUUAAUUUAUUUUGAACUCACCAGAGUAAUGAUUAAAUCAAUCAGGAUACACCACUUUGGGAAUUUUGUGGGAAUUAAAAUUUUCAAUUCAAUUAAGUAAUAAUAAUGAAAAUUUUGUCAGGCACCCCACAUUAAAGUCAUUAAUAGCGUCAAUCAGUUAAUGCAGCUAUAAUAAUUUAUUAUAAUUCGAUAAUGUUAUUUAAUAUGAUUCAUCAUAGAAAUUUCUCGCUCUGAAAGGAGAUUAUUCAUUUCGCAGCAUUCACGACUUUCUUAAAAAAAUUCAAAGCACAAAUAGAAAUAUUUUUAAAAUUGGCUUUAACGGUUGAAAAAUUUUUAUAAAGCCUUUCCAUUUUCAAUUGAGAAAAUUGAGAUAAUCUUUUUACAAAAAUACAUGAAUUUGGGCUCCCAUUUGUACUUUUUCUAUCGUUAUUUAAUUUUAAACCUCUCAGCGCUUGUUGAAAUACAAUUAUAAUGUUUGGAAGUGAUUUUAUAGAUGAAUUGCGAGGGUUGCGAGCUUUGAAGCUCAUGCUUUAACUAUGAAAAAUCAGACUGCUCUAUUUUGGUUGUUUUAAACACAAAACAUGCUCAAAAGCUUCAAUAAAUUAUUUCUUUUAUUUUUUUUUCUGCAAAAAAUAUCGAUAUAGAAUACAAAAUCAAUAAAGCUAUGAAGCAUAUGUUUCAUGCACUAAAACACGGGCUGUAGUACAGUGGAAGCGUACGUUUUUAAUUUUUUUUUCUUAACAUUCGGAGGACUUUACUGGUACUUGCUACCAAUUGGAAUCUUAAAAUCGUCACAGAAUAUUAUCUAUUGGACUUAUCUCGAUGAAUUUAGCAUCUAUGUGUAGGGAAUUUUAAUUACUUUAAGAUAGCUGAAAGAAAAUCUCGAGAAAAGUCUUUUCUUUGGAAGAUAAUUGAGGUCAAAGUCAGAAUCCAACGCGGAGGAUCAAAUUGGUAAUAACUACCAGUCAAAAUCCCAUACAUUUUAGCCAUGGUUUUGAGGUUAUGUUUCCCCAUAUUUCCCAAAUAAAGUACCCUUGUUCACUUUUCCUCGGUGAAAAACAUUAAUGUGGACUAAUUUUAUUGCCGGAAGUGACUAAAAAGUUACUUUAAGAAUCAAAGUUUGUGAUGAUUUAGGCGCAAUAAUAAAUUUUUGCAAAAUUUUAGCUAAAAAAUUCGUUUUAAUUGGCAAUUUUGCAUCGAUUUUACGCAAUUUUUUUUCAGUGACGAUUUUCUUAAUUAAAUGUUUAGUAAUUAGGUGUAGAAAUGCUUGAAGAAGAUUAAGGAUUAGUGAAACUUUCAAUCCUCGUUCAAUAAACUGAUUAAUAAUUAAUUAUUGAGCAUAUUUUAUCAGCUGGUAGUUAUUACCAAUUUGAUCCUCCGCGUUAUGUGCCAUAUGUUGGGUCCUCCAAGUGUUAAAUAUUCUCGGCUGUUCUCAGUGGAAAAUAUAAAAUCUAUUUAUUUUUCUUCAAUAUUCUUUGACUGUCUAUCAUUUUGUCAUGCUUACCAAUUAAUUUUCAAUUUUAAUCCAUGAGAAAACAUAAAAAUGAAUAAACUCCUUUCAAGUAUAAAAAACCAGCCACAUACAUAGACAAAGGAAAAAAAAGAAGAAAAAAAUGCUUUAAAUGUGAUAUGAAAGAAUAACUUUUUCUCGUGAAUCGUCCAUUAUUCUGAGAAAUUUUUAAAUGCGACGAUAACUCUGCGUAUCCUUUGGCGCCAUAUUCUGUUGUGGCGAAUGGUUCUGACAUAAAAGGUAAACUUUCGUACAUAAAAUUGACAUUAAUCAAUAAUUUUAAAACAUAAUAAUAUGAAAAUUAUAGUCUUGAAUAUAAUUCUAAUAUAAAAUAAUAAAUGUAGAAGUUUUAUGAAAUUGAGUCAAUACAAAAAAAAAGAAAAGAAAAUUAAUUAUCAUCCCUUCGACUGUUGUAUUGAUCUUGUGAGAAAAUUAAGAGUAGCAGAGCGGCCUAAAAUUCUAGAACCAGAUAAAGAUAUAUUUUAAAGCACCACCAUCUUUAUCUUCAUUUAACCACACAUCUUUGAGGUUAAAAAAAUCCAUUUAAAACCAUUUAAAUAGUCCUAAAAUUGAGUUUAAGAAAAAAAAAAUAUCCUCAAAAUCCCAGUUAAAUGAUUCUAAUAACUUUAAAAAUGAAUUCUAAGAAGUUAAACACAUUCCUUUUAAUCCAAAAUGAAAUUAAAGAAAAAUGUAAUAAUGUUCUGAACGUGAAAAAUGUUAAUUCUAAAUAUUUUAUAAAUUAGAAUUUAGUGUAAAGGAUUUAAAAUUUCUCGACAUCAUGAGGCCUAUUCCAAGAAACUUUUUGUAUACUAUACUAUUACACAAGAUUUUUCACAUUAAAUUUUAGUAAAAGUUUAUAAUGGCUAUUUGUUUUAAAAAUUAAGCCAAAAACUUUAAAAAUCUCUAAAUAAUUUCGAUUUUUAUAUUUAGACAAAAAAACGCGUAAAAAUAAUUUUUCCAAUUAUAGGUUAAGAAACACUCUGUCUGAAGUUUGCGAUACUUAUUAUAAAUUUGAAUCUAAACUGUCUUUGAAAAAAAUGGCCGUCACAGUACCGCUAUCUCUCCAUCUUUAUUUCUUUCAGUCAGUUAACUUAUUGCAGAAAACUUACCUUCUAUUUCCCUUUUCUAACUGUUUUAUGUGAAAAUUUAAAUGAAAAUCAUUUAAUGUGUAAGGAAAACCUUCUAGGCUUAAGAUUUAAGAUGUAAUUUGACUGACAAUCAUCCUUCAUAUCAAAAACUGUUGAUUGCAUCAAAAGUAAUUGUUCAAUUUUUAAAAAGAAAAAAAAAAGGUUUCUUCAUUUUCUUCAACACACAAGUAGAGGAGGUUAGAAAAUUCAAAAUGGCCGAACCAAAAUUAUAUUUAAAUAAAGAAGAAAGAAAAAACUGUGAAAUACCGGUAUAAAAAUAGAGUUUAUUUUUCCUAUAUUUAAAAUUGAUGUACCAUUAAGAUUAAAAAAAAUUAUACAAAAAUCAUAUCACAA